UUGUUUUGUUCCAGAUCUAUUCUUGAAGGCUGCUAUGAUCAAAGAAUUACAUCUAUUUGGGAGUAAGAGCAAGUAAACUUUUUACCACAGAUAUCAGUUACUAGUUACCAAUUGUUAGCCAACAUGCAGACAAUUAAAUGUGUAGUAGUGGGUGAUGGUGCUGUUGGUAAAACAUGCCUACUUAUAAGCUACACAACCAACAAGUUCCCAUCUGAGUAUGUGCCCACUGUGUUUGAUAACUAUGCUGUCACAGUCAUGAUAGGAGGAGAGCCAUACACAUUGGGUCUCUUUGAUACUGCAGGCCAGGAAGAUUAUGACAGGCUGCGGCCGCUAAGUUAUCCACAGACAGAUGUUUUCCUUGUUUGCUUCAGUGUAGUAAGCCCCAGUUCAUUUGAAAACGUCAAGGAAAAAUGGGUUCCAGAAAUUACUCAUCAUCAACAAAAGACACCUUUCCUCCUUGUGGGCACUCAGAUAGACUUGCGAGAUGACGCAGCCACAAUGGAGAAGCUGGCUAAGAUCAAACAAAAGCCUGUCUCUUUGGAACAAGGCGAAAAACUAGCUAAGGAACUCAAGGCUGUCAAAUACGUCGAGUGUUCAGCGCUCACACAGAAAGGAUUGAAGAAUGUUUUCGAUGAGGCCAUAUUAGCAGCACUGGAGCCUCCAGAACCCGCCAGGAAAAAGAAAUGUGUUCUGUUGUAAGUUGUGUUGGGCUUGUCACAACUCCGCCCCACCAGCAAGACGCGAGCGCCACGAGCGCAAUGCGACUGUGUCCCCAUAACGCGUACAUUUUACUAUUUUACCAUAUAACAUUAUUCAUAACUAAAUGG